AUGCUCUCGUUCAUUGCCCUCUUUCUUCUUGUUGCUCAGGCUCUCGCGCAAACGGCUCCUAUCACCCAGGAGACAUACGACUUUGUUCUCAAGUACGGAUGGCUAUCUAACGUGGCCUAUUGUGUCAGAGCCCCUGGCCCAUUUGCCCUGCAGAGCGAUUUUACCUGUGGAAACUCUUGCGCUCAUUUUCCCGAUGUGACUCUUGACUACCAGUUUGGAGGAAAUUUCUUCUCGACUUCAGUUACUGGAUUUUUGGCCCACGAUCACACCAAAAAGGAAAAGUAUAUUGUUUUCCGAGGCACUUUCUCCAUUGCAGACGCUAUUACUGACAUCCAAACGAUCCAACAACCCUACAUGACCAGUAUCCCUCCUCUUAACACUACUGACAUAAACUCCACAAACCCUUCUGCCAGUAUCAAUUGUCCUGGCUGCCAAGUUCAUGAUGGCUUUCAGAAGGCAUACAGAGAGACUAUGGUGAACGUACAGGAUCGUCUGGUCGACUUCCUUGGAAACAACACUGACUACAAAUUGAUCGUAACUGGCCACUCUCUAGGAGCUGUCACUGCUCUAUUCAUGGGCAUCAACCUGAAGAAUCUUGGAUAUGAUCCAACGCUAAUCAACUAUGGGCAGCCUCGACUUGGAAACAAGGCUUUUGCAGACUACGUGGACGCUCUGUUCUUUAAGCAAGGAGACGACGGACUUACCAUCAACCCCGAAAGACGGAUGUACCGAGUCACUCACUGGAACGACUUCUUUGUUGGAUGGCCCGCUGGUUAUUCACAUACUCUGGGAGAAGUUUACAUCAGUGAUCCCACAGGUAUUAAUGCUCCUAUUGAAGAUGUCUAUUCCUGCGCUGGACCAGAGAAUAAUCAGUGUCACCAUGGAUCAUUCAAUCUUCUAGAACGACUCAACAUUCUCAAGAACCAUUGCGGUUAUCUCAAUUGGAUUUUCUACUGUGCUAUCAAUGUGGACAAGAGAGAGAUGAUGAUUGAUCCUCCCCGAGUUGGCAAGAGAGUUGAGCAUUGGAGUGGCAAGUUUUCUGAUGUUGAAUCGACAGAAGGCCUGAUGUAUGAGGCCAUUUAUCCUAUGUAA